UAUCAAUUCGCCAUUCUUUGCUAUCCGUUCGCUUCCUCAAAACACACCAUGGCUGGAGACGACACCCAAAACACAAACACCCCCAACCAAGACACCUAUCCCACCCCCCACAACCACAACCAACACCACCACCACCACCAUCACUACCACGGCUGGCCCGAAGAUGACAACCCCUUCGUCGCGAUCCGGCGCUUCGCCGACGAGCAAAUCUCCUCUGUACUGCAGUCCGUAACCGGCCUUCCCUCCUCCAUCAACCCCUCCUCCGAACGCUGGGCCAUCUUCGACGACCGCCAGCGCGACAACCCGAACAACACCAGCGGCAGCGCCCAGGGCCCCGAAGACACCUCCGCCGACCAGGCCACCACCACCACCACCCCCACCACCGCGUACUGGUCCGACUGGGACAACUCCAAGACCGUCGCCGCACACCACCACCACUUCUACCCGCGCAACUACCGCAGCGACGCCGACUUCUUCUUCAACUCCUUCUUCGACCGGUUCUGGCUGGACGCGGACAAUGACGACGACGAGUUCGGGGCCUCGCGGCGCCUCCUCUUCCAGCCCUUCCCCCACCGCCCCAUGCUGCACAACCUCAUCAGCGACGCCUCCCCCGCCUGGCCCGUGCCUUACCUGAUGUUCAGCCCGUACUCGCCGCUGCAUCUCGAGCGGCGGCGCGACCGUGCCCGCGGGGAGAGGGGGGUGUUCUCAUCCCUGAUGUCCACGCUGAGUCUCUCCUCCGAGGGCGACGAUACCCCCACCGCAGAGCCGGAGUCGGAGCCCUUGUGGCGCGACGCGUUCGAGGAUCUCCUGCGGCUGGAGAACGGGAAGCCCAUGCUCGAGCGGGCGGAUACUUCCACAAAAACAGCGAGCCGGGAAUCCGGGAAGGACUGGUUGCAGGGCCUCGUGCAGCGGGGCAGUCUGGGCGACCGGUGGAAGUAUGUGUCCGGGGAGGCCGGUAAUAAUCAGCCGUCGUGGUCGACGAUCACUUUCGACAACUCGCAAGUGCUGCCAGACGAUAUCCCGAGGAAGAAGGCGGAGGUCAUCGACACGGAGGACCUUGCGCAGACCGCUGGCGGGGCCGACGCGCUCACGGAGCAGGACCUGUACGAUCGGUUCUUGGAUAAUCUCCAGGCCCGCGAGCAGGCGUUUGCCCGCGAGAUUCAUGAGAGUCCCCUGCUGCGCUUGCUGCUCGACGACCGUCGACGCUUUAGGGACUUGGCGCCGCGCGAGGGAUUCGACGAUUUCUACGGAUCGCAGCAGCAGGCUGACCAGACCACCCCCACCUCCCAUGACAGUGGCACGGGGGCACCUGCACAAACCCCAUACGUGAUCGCCACGCAGACCCGCACCGAGCGCGUCCGCCUCCCCGACGGCGCCAUUCAGACCAAGACGAUUCGGAAAAAGCGGUUCUCCGAUGGUCGCGAAGAGACGAAUGAAAAUGUCGACGUCGUGAAUCCUCGGCAGGGUGUGCAGGGUGAGCAGCCACCACAGUUAUCUGCUGAUGCCGGCGGCGCCGAAGAGAACAAAGAUGGUUGGUUCUGGAAGGGAUGAUUUCGCGGUCUGGUUUCAGACCUGUUGUUCACACUCCCUUUCUUUUUUUUUUUCCCCCUUGCCAGGGUUAAGGUGGUUCUUUCCUUUGUCCAUGCCUAUAUUAAAAAGCAUUAUUCCCAUAUUGUUUUGUUGUUUGCUUGGUGAUGUCGUUGUUAGCGUUUCGCGUCUUGUAUUAUCACAAUUUGUUACUACAUGGUUUCUUUUGUAUCAUCAACGGCGGGGGAUGGAGGUGCAUGCUUGUCCAAAAUGUGGAUUCUCAGUCAGAUACUUGAAUUGGGGUAUGGGAGUUCAUCGGGGGUGAAGGAUGAUGUAUGUCGUUCUCUCCGGGGUCGGUGGAGUAGUGUAAGAGCACGUUAGCUAAAUAGGACACUUGCUUCUUGCAUACUUGCUCUUUUCAGUGUGUCAGGAACCCCAGUAGCAAG